ACAGACAAGGCACAGAUUAGGGGACAAGAAAUGAAUUCACAUUAUCAGUUAACACAAAAACAGUUUCACUAAAAAACAGGAAAAUGUGGAUGGUACAACAAUUUCAAUAAUUACAAAAAAGGGGGGAAUCAAAGACCUUUUUCAUCAAACCUGUACUCAAUUAAAAAAAUGGCCACCACUGCUACUGAAGAUGCCACCGCUGCGGCUGCCACCACCACCCAUAUUUUAGUAUUUCCAUACCCUGCUCAAGGCCACAUGCCUGCCCUCCUGGAUCUAACCCAUCAAUUAGCUCUAAGAGGCCUUAAAAUUACAAUCCUAAUCACCCCCAAAAAUCUCCCUGCCUUAACCACACUCCUCUCAACCCACUCAACUUCCAUUGAUACUUUAGUCUUACCCUUCCCUCCCCACCCUAAACUUCCUCCAGGGGUUGAGAAUAUAAAGGAUAUUGGAAAUUCCGGUAAUGCUCCUGUCACGGCUUCCCUUAGCAAGCUCGAAGGGGAAGUUAUCCAGUGGUUCCAGGCUCACCCUUCCCCCCCUCAAGCUAUCCUCUCUGAUUUCUUCCUUGGGUGUACUCAACAAUGGGCAACACACCUCAACAUUCCUAGAAUUGCUUUCUUCUCAGUUGCUGCAUUAUUGACUUCUAUUCUUACCCAUCUAUGGCAGCAUUUGGACAAACUUCAUUCUUCAGAUAUUAUUGAAUUUCCAGGUCUUCCCUUAUCCCCUUCCUUUCCUCAACACCAUCUUCCUUCUAUAUUUAGAAAUUUCAGGGAUGGUGAUCCUGACUGGGAGAUUGUCAAGGAAGGUAUGCUUGCAAAUUCCAAGAGCUGGGGAUAUGUUUACAAUUCUUUCUACGCCUUGGAAGGAGAGUAUUUGGAUAACAUACAAAAGGAAUUGGGUCAUCACCGUGUAUACAACGUUGGCCCCUUAAGCUUAAUAGGCUUAUCCAAGAGUUCAGAUACCAAAUAUGAGGUGCUCAACUGGCUUGAUACAUGCCCUGAUGGUAGUGUGCUGUAUGUCUGUUUUGGAAGUCAAAAGCUGCUGACAGAACCUCAAAUUAGGGCUCUGGCUUUAGGUUUGGAGCGAAGCAAGACCCGAUUCAUAUGGGUGGUGAAGUCAGUGUCCAGUCAACAGGUCCCAGAUGGAUUUGACGAACGGGUCUCUGAUCGUGGUAUGGUGCUAAGAGGUUGGGCCCCACAAGUGGAGAUACUGCACCACAAAGCAGUAGGUGGGUUCGUGAGUCAUUGUGGGUGGAACUCGUUGUUGGAGAGUGUAACGGCUGGGGUGAUGCUGUUGGCUUGGCCAAUGGAGGCUGAUCAGUUUAUCAAUGCCAAGCUUUUAGUAGAGUAUACAGGGUUGGCAGUGAAACUUUGUCAAGGAGAACACACGGUGCCUGACUCGGAUGCAUUGGCUCGAAUCAUCUACGAGUCACUUGGUCAAGAUAUACCUCAGAAGGCGAGGGCAAAAGCAAUGAGUAACAAGGCAUUAGAGGCAGUGAAAGCUGGCGGAAGUUCAGCAGCUGCCCUUGAUGAGCUGGUGAAAGAAUUGACCCAGCUUGGAGUACCAAAAACUUGAAAAAGAAGCAGAUGUUCUGUACGAAUAAUUUGUCAAAAAAAUCAAGUAUUAGAAGAGUAUUGUUAGUACUUAAUAUAAGACGAAAUAAGCUUAAAUAUAAACAACUGCCUCUGGUGAGUUGCAGGGUUGAUGUAAGCACUCGAGAUUAUCUGUGACAUUAUUUUAAGGAAUAAAUUAGAAGACACAUCUGUUGAUCUGCAAA